AUAACUCAUCACCAAUAUCCUUUGAUCCUCUCUAUCAUAUAUACUAUAUACAUAUCUCCAAUAUUUGUAUUUUCCUUUUCAAAGAUCUCUGUGUAAUGGGACCCAGCAACAAGGAAAAUGUUAUAGUCAUAGAUUGAGGUAAUAAGGGAACAAAAGUGAGCCCACCCAUAUUUUCAUUUUGCUUUCCUACUUCUCAUUGCCCAUACAAAUCCAUGUUCUACUAGGAAAUCUUCUUAAUUAAAUCCAUGAGUAGUGAUAUCCUUGCAUUUAAUGCUGCUCAUCAAUAAGUUUUCUCAUCAGCUAUCCCACAUUAUUACAUAUAUCAUCAUUUCUAACCACGAAUACUGAUCACAACAAAAGGCAAUCUAUAUAUAGUUCUCCCCAUAUUAAUAGUAUCCAUAUAUAUAAAUAAUUAUGUCAAUCACUUGCUCUUGUAUUCUCGCUCUAUUCCUUCUAUGCCUUCCUUUUCAUGAAUGUAAUGCUAGGAUGCUUCUUGGUGAUGUCUUCAACAAGAAAUCAAAUGAUCAUGACCAGUUCUCUACUAAUCACCAGAAGGAUCAGUCAGUAGUAGUAGAGCAGAAAGAGAAAUCAACCUCAUCAAAUACGGAAGCUGAUCAUCAUCAAAUAAUUAGUACUAGUGAUGAUCACAUGAUCAGUAAAACUAAAGAUGUUAUGGAAAUUAGACCGAAAGAGCUAAUGAAGAAGAAGAAAGGAAAAGGUAGUGAUGAUGAUGAAGAUUAUAAUAAGAAGUCGGGUGUUUCAGUUUCAUGGCGGGUGCCUCACAAGAAACGUGGUGAAAAACAACCAGGCUUUAACUUGGAUUAUUCACCUCCAAAGACACAUCCUCCUUCUCACAACUAAUAAUUAAAAGUACCUACGUACCCUUUAAUUAAUUAUUAAUUUUAAUUAACCCCUUUUUCUUUUUCUUACUCUUAAUUAGUUUCUUUUUCUAGUACUACACUAUAUAGCUACCUAGCUCGUGUACUCUUCAAUGAUUGACGGUCCAUGAUGAUAAUCUUUAUUCUCUCUCUUUGCCAUGAUCA